AUCAUUGGAUUAACAGCUUGGAGAGUCCUAUGGAUAGGAUCAGUUUCUUGCCCGAUGAUGUCCUGUUACAUUUACUUUCAUUGCUUACCACAAAAGAUGUCUUGAAGACAAGUGUUUUGUCCAAACGAUGGCGGAAUCUUUGGAAGUUGGUACCGAAACUCAAGUACAUCGAUUGUGAUGAGAAUGCUGAUCAUGGGAGAUUUCUGCUGUUUGUGGACAGGUCUUUGCUAUUAAACACGGCUCCAGUCUUAGAGAGUUUGCAUUUCAAGUUUCGUAGGCAAUGCAGCGACGUAGAUAUCGGAUUUUGGGUUAGAAUUGCUGCGGAACGAGGUUUGCGUGAUUUCGAUUUUUAUCAUCCCAUUUUUAAUGAGCCUAGCAGAUUACCACAAAGCUUGUUUACCUGCGGAACACUCGUGGUGCUUAAACUUACCAAUGUAUCGCUUGCGGAUGUUAAAUUCCCGGUUAGUUUUCAGUGCCUCAAAACAUUGCACCUUGGUUGGGUGAUUUACUUAGACGAUGAAUCCCCUCAGAAGCUUUUAUCAAGCUGCCCAAUUCUUGAAGUCUUGGUCGUAAACCGAGUUAUAGAUGAUAAUGUAACAACAACCUUUUCAAUUACGGUUCCUACAUUACAAAAGUUAUUUUAUAAUGGAAAAUCUGGUGCUCUCGAAAAUGAAUCCGAGUUUGUGUUGAAUGCUCCUUCGUUGAAGUCCUUGGAAAUUUUAGAUGGCGGUUAUGAGUGUAAGAUUGAGAAAAUGCCUGAGAUCGUGGCUGCAAAUGUCGAGGUUAUCUAUUGGAAUACCGACAAUCUCCUCGGUUCUCUUACAUCACUCAAACGCCUCUCGCUAUGCUUACCAAUGGAGUCGUCGUUUCCUAUUGGUAAAAUCUUCCAUCAGCUUGUAGACUUGGAGUUUUGCACAUGUGAAUUAGAAUGGGAUGUACUUAUGUAUCUACUCAAAGAUUCUCCAAAACUACGAGCUCUCAAACUCAAUGAGAGACAUAACAAUUUUCUUGGAAAUCGAAGGCGUCGUUGGGAUGAGCCGAGUUCUGUUCCUGAAACGUUGAUGUUCGGACUUCAAACUUUGGAGUGGAGAAACUACCGAGGAUGGUAUUUAGAGAAAGAACUAGCGACGUUUAUUUUGAAACAUUCUUGUCGUUUAAAGACAGCGAGUUUCUCACCAGUAGUCACCACUUUGGAGAAGCAACAUCGAAUGCUCACAGAAUUGGCACUUUUGUCUAGAGGUUCAACGACAUGUCAGCUCGUCUUUGACUAAAAGUUUGAAACCAUCUGAUUCAUAAGCAGUUUGGGAAAAAUGUCUCGAAACCAGUUUUGUUGCAUCUCUUAAAGCAUUUGCUCUGUUUCUCUCCUUGGUCAAUCAAGCCUUUUCUUCUUUGUUGACUUUCGCCUUUAUUUCGAGUAGAUUAGCGCUAAAAUGAUUAGUUUUACUAUGGGAUUAGAUUGUUUUGUUGGUCAUCCGUAACUUUAUUGACAAAAGCGUAUUGGAAUAUAUGAUUGAUUAUACAAAAGUCGGCGAAAUAACAAGAAAUAUUCCGAACUUAAGCUCAAAAGCGAGAAUCAAAUUAGAGUUUGUAUAC